AUGGGACAAAUUCUUUCGCAACCUGAAACAGAAAAGCACUCCGAGAAAGACGCCAAUAAGUACUUGGCCUACGGCUUGUCAUGCAUGCAAGGCUGGAGAAUCAAUAUGGAAGAUGCUCACGCUACCAUCUUGAGCAUGAACGAGGAUGGCGACGACCAGGUGGCGUUCUUUGGUGUUUACGACGGUCACGGAGGCGAAAAGGCCGCCAUCUUCACCGGCUUGCAUUUGCACGAGUUGAUUCAACAGACAGAAGCGUUCGGCCGUAAAGACUACUCUACCGCCUUGAAAGAUGGCUUUUUGCUGUGUGACCAAGCCAUCUUGCAAAACCAGGAAACCAGAAACGACGAGAGUGGAUGUGCUGCAACAUCGGCCAUCAUCACACCCAAGCAGGUCAUUUGUGCUAACGCUGGUGACUCCAGAACUGUUUUGUCUACCAACGGCUUUGCCAAGGCCUUGUCUUUUGACCACAAGCCAUACAAUGAAGGAGAAAAGGCCCGUAUUUGUGCUGCUGGAGGCUACGUGGAAAUGGGCCGUGUGAAUGGUAACUUGGCCUUGUCUAGAGGAAUUGGUGACUUUGUGUUUAAGAAGAACUCAGACUUGCCUGCCGAAGAGCAAAUCGUCACCUGUUAUCCCGAAGUGAUUCUGCACGAUCUUGACUACGAAAAGGACGAGUUUGUGAUUUUAGCUUGCGACGGAAUCUGGGAUUGCUUGUCUUCUCAGAGCUGUGUGGAAUGUGUGAGAAGAGGCAUCUACGAGAGGAAACCUUUCACACAGAUUUGUGAGGAAAUCAUGGAAUUGUGCUGUGCGCCUAACGCAGACGGACCAGGAAUCGGCUGCGAUAACAUGUCGAUUCUCAUUGUUGCAUUAUUGGAUCAGUCAAAGAACGAAACUUUGGACCAAUGGUAUGACCGUGUGAUUCUGAAGAUUGAGUUGAACAAGAAACAAAUGGAAGAGCACAAAACUGACGAUGACGAAGAAGAAGCUCCUGUUGCUGUUGAAUACGGGCCCAUUUCACCCCCAUACAACGAUUUGUAUAAGGAGCUUUUCGGCGACUUUGCGGAGAUUGGCCAGCACUCUAACACUGACGCGCGCUCAAGCGGUUCCAACGGCUACUCCAUGUUCGGGAACAUGGGCAUGCGUAGCACGUCUAGAGAAGACGACAACGAAGAAGAGGCUUCCAACGGCGAAGACGACUCGCUCAGAAAUGGCGCCAUUUCUUUACAGAAAUUAUUGUCCAGCAACGUGAUCACCAACGAAAACGGCGUUAUUUAUUUGGAUACUUCUUCCGCACAGUCAUUGUUAGCAUCCUUCGGUAUGCCUACGGAAUCCGCCGAGGAGGAUGAAGAAGGCGAGGAUGUCCAUGAAAGCCACAUUGAAGAAGUUGAAGACGGACCAAGCGAGUCCAGCUGA